GGAAUGACAGCGAAAUGACGGCCACAAAGUGACAUUUCAGGCAAAAAUAAUUAGUAGAAAAUUACGUGAAAAAAGAGUGAAAAUUCUGAGUGAAAGACGUGGAAAUUGGUCUUCUUUCUUCGUUAUCCACCAUCGUGAGUGUGUAAUUUCAAGCAAUAACAGUUGCAGGAAGGUUGAAGAGGUUCUACACGGUGGAGAAAGUUGGGAGGGUGAAAAAUGUCUCAAGCACAACCAGGAACUCCAGCUCUUGCCAAUAAUUACAUGAAAGUCUUCGUCCAGAGAGACUACAGCGAGGGAACGGCUGUUAAAUUCCAGACGCGCUUCCCCACAGAACUCGAGAGUCGCAUUGAUAAACACAGUUUCGAGACGACUAUCAACAAACUCAAUGAAUACUUCGCGGAGGCCGAGAAGGGCACCUGCAGCACCUACUGCGAGGGCUGCCUGGCCUGCAUCACGGCAUACUUGAACUACAUCUGCACCGAGACGCACUACGAAAAGUGCUUGCGGAAGGUCUCAAAGUACAUAGUCUCACAGAAUGAGAGGGUGUACAACCCGCGGGGGCUCCAGAUCACCGACCCAACGUACCGGGGCCUCCGCGUGAUAGAGAUUUCCAUCCUGGACCGACCAGUUCGCACGUGACUGCCGCUGUCGAAUUCAUCGGAGGAGUUCUUUAUGUGAAGCGCAUUUCAGUGUACAACAUUUAUCCAUGAGAGACCAUUGUCAGGCAUCCCCCGUUCGCUCCAGCCGCCCCCAGGAUGCUUCCCCCCCUUCAGCGUCAGAUACUAUCUUCCGGAAGAGACAGAGAUUAAGAGUAUUUUCAUAUGAAUUCGCUAAACAGAGUAGAUAUUUGUGGUGGAGAAUUUACUUCAGUUCAUGUCCUUUCAGUAACUCCCUGUAGAUGAGCUAGACAUUAUUUUUUCAUGCAAAAGGUGACCCAUUCACUAAAUCCAACUUAUAUAUGAAUAUUAUUUAUACACGAGAAGAUAAUGUACAGAACAUUAUGCAAUAUGUUAUGGAUUAAAAGGAAAUAUUGA